GCUGAAUCUCUCGAUUAUUGUGAUCUCGGAUCUGGUGGAGCUGGAGCGACGCGGGCGGUUCCUCGGGUGCCUGCAGAUCUGCUUUGGCCUGUCGAAUGCCGCGGGGCCGCUGGUUGGUGGGAUGUUUGCAGACCAUGUGGGCUGGCGUGCAGCAUUCUACACAGACAUGGGCGUGGGUACAGCGACGCUGCUGUAUCUGGCAUUAGUGCUGUGUGCUGAGCCGGCGCGGCGCACUGGCGUGCGGCUGGACUACGCAGGCAUGGCAGUGAUCGUCUCCAGCAUCUCGCUUCUGAUAGUGGGCAUGAACAUAGGCGGCACAAUGCUGGCAUGGACGGCGCCGACGACGAUUGCGUGUCUGGCACUGGGUGGGCUGUUGCUGGGGCUGUUUGUCGUGGUGGAGCUGAAUGUCCACAAUGAGCCGCUGGUGCCAAUGUGGGUGUUUGGCGUGCGCAACCUGGUGAUUGCGUGUAUGGUGACGUUCUUCUGCGGCAUGACUAUGUUUGCGGUGAUCUUUUACAUGCCUGUAUAUUUCUCGGCAGCAUUCGGCGUCAGCGCGAUGCGUGCUGGCCUGCUGGUUUUGCCGUUCGGCAUAGCGCUUAGCAUCUCGUCGUUCGCCAGCGGCUACGCAAUGUCAGCUACGGGCAAGUACCGACUGCUUCUGCGCCUAGGCCCGGCAGUGAUGGCUGCAGGUGUCGUUCUUCUGGCUCUGCUGGGCAAGGUGCCACCGAUCGCACAGGCACUGCUGCUUUUGGUGCCCGGUGCAGGCAUGGGCAAUGUAAUAAUAGCGAAUGUGAUCGCGGCGCAGGCGACAACACAUCCGCGGUUCGUGGCGACGGUGACGCCGCUGUGUGAAUUCUUCUUGAGUAUUGGCGGUGUGAUAGGCGUGGCUCUGUUUGGCGCAGUGCAUCGCAACCGGCUCGCUCAUAUCCUGGCGGCAGGUGCUGCAGGUGAAUCGCCAGCUGCUCAGAAGAUUAUUGGCGAGGCACGGCGCGAUGUUAGCGUAGUGUAUGCAACGACGAUUCCUGGCCCUCUGCGCGCAAAAAUCGCCAAUGCAUACAUGCACUCAAUGGCACUAGGGCUCUGGGUGCUGCUGCCGUUUCUGGUCAUUGCCUUUGUACUGGCAAUGGCUCUGGAAGAGAGCCCGCUCAAGGCCGGGCCAAGAGACGUGCCUUUGGACAGCGAAUAGAUAUCCGUUAUAUAUCCCCUUAAAACUUGUGUGAUAUUAUUUAAUUUUUCAACAC